GUGUCCUCUUCAUUACUGGAAACCAGUCUCGAGAGGUUGAAGAAGAAAUCUAAGAUAGACAGUAAGAUAGGGCAAGGAAAAGAAAAACAAAAGCAUGCCGAGGAAGGGACAGAAGUAGCUAAUACUCUUAAAAAGAAUAAAAAGAAUAAAUAUCCAAAAGAGAAAGAAUCUGAAGUAGAUGGUAAAACUUCAGAAGGUGGGCAAAGCAAUACAUCUAAUACACCAAAGAGUAAUAACAAGAGCAAUGUGAAGAAAUUGGCCGAGAAGAACUCCAACUCUGAUAAUGUGAAUAGCUUAGAUAACGCAGAGGAUCAUGCUGACCCUGUCAGGACCCCAGUGAAAAAGAAAAAGAAAAAGAAAAAUGCCAACAAAAGAAACAGGUACAAGGAACUAAAUAUUGAACAGAAUAAGAAAAAAAAUGUCACUUUGGUUAAUGGGGAAUUUCAAGAACAGUCUUCUCACCAUGAAGUGAUCAGUGUUAGUAAUUCUGUUGGCAGUGAGAAUGACACUAAUAAUGAAGUAAGGCAACAACAUGACAAAGCCACUAAUGACAUUUUGGAGACGACUAACAAACCACAGUUGAAUUCACUUAAAUUAGAUCCUAAUAAAGGUCACAAGGUUAUUCUAGAAAAAGCUGAUGACAAGAUAAAACCUAAAAGUCAUAAAGUAAAGAAAAAAAAAAGCACUCUCCCAUCUGAUCAAAUAAAGGAGAGUGUAACUCCUGAUGUUGAAAGUAAUAAUUGUAGCACAAACAUGACUUCAAAGAAGAAAGGGAAGAAGGCUUCAGAAUCCAUAACAAAAGAUAGCAAAAUUAGCGAAAAAAUAAGUCUUGAUAAUAAAAAAGGAAAGAAAAGAAAAUUGUUAAAUGAUGAAAGUGCAAAGAAGAAGACAAAAACAAAUGGUGUUAAGAAGAAAAAUAAAAGUUCCAAAGACUCUGGUAUUUGUAAUAUUCAGGAAGCGUUAGGCGACAAGGAAUCCAAAGACGUAGAUGAUGAGGAAGUGGAUAGUAAACUUAGAGAAGAUUUGGAGGACUAUCUAAAUAAAUUAGAUUUUUCUAAUGUGAACAAUGGCAUUGCAUACGAUGCAGAAUCCUCAGGUAGCAUGGAAACUUUGCUUUUGGGAAAUAUCAGCGAUUCAGGUUCUGAAGAUGAAUACAUUGAAGAUGAGGCACUAGAGGAGACAACCAUUUUAUCAGAGAAAGCAGUUGCAGGUAAAGAAAAAGCUUCAAAAAGUAGUCAGGAUAAAAGCAAAAUUAUUUCCUUGACAGAUGGAAGCAAAAGUUUGUCUGCUGUAGGCAAGAAUAACAAAAAGCCUUUACAUCCACUUAAUCCUACUGUGGGCAAGAAGGAAGGGGCCAAGUUUGACAAGGAUAUUUUGAAUAGAAUGCUUAAAAACUCAGAAGAGAACAACAGUAAUGACACAAAAGCAGCAUCAGGAAAUCCUGCACUCAGUGCUGCAGAAGAAUUAAGAGAAAAAAUGAAAAAUCAGCUUAAUGCUGCUAGAUUCAGGCUUGUGAAUGAGCAGAUGUACACAGCUACAAGUUCUGAGGCAGCAAAGUUAUUUAAAUCAGACCCCAAAUCUUUUGAAGUAUAUCAUACAGGGUUUAAGGCACAGGUUGCUCGAUGGCCAGUGAAUCCAUUGGACAAGAUUAUCAAGUGGCUGCAGAAGAAGCCAAAUACCAUAACAGUUGCAGACUUUGGUUGUGGUGAGGCAGUUCUAGCAGCCAGUGUUCCUCAAAAGGAAGUCUAUUCCUUUGAUCUGGUGGCUUUAAACCCAAGGGUAACAGUUUGUGAUAUGGCUCACACUCCUUUGCCGUCAAAGUCAGUAGAUGUGGCAGUGUUCUGUCUGUCACUGAUGGGUACAAAUAUCAAAGAUUUUGUAUUGGAAGCCAGCCGUGUUCUCAAAAAAGGACCUAUGUUACACCAGGUGGUUCAUGUUGCACACCACUCUAAUGAUUGCAUCAACAUGCCCCGCUCACCCAUUUUAUCACUUUCCAAGUUGAUUUCUGCCUUGUUCUCUGCUAACUGCAUGGAUGGAUCAAGAAAUAGGCAUCCUGAAGAUUGCAGAGGUGGAAAGCAGAAUUAGCAAAACAAAACUUUUUAUGGACCAGAUAGAGAAGUAUGGAUUCAAAUGUACUUAUUCAGACACAUCCACAAAAUAUUUUUACAUGUUUGACUUCAAGAAGUGUGUUAAUGUAAAUAAGAAAGAUGUUCCUGAUGUUAUAUUAAAACCAUGUAAAUAUAAGAAAAGGUAAUGCAAAUAAUAAUAUACACAGUUUGUAAAGAAAGUUUGUAAGUUAUUAUUUUUAUCAGUAAAGGAAAAAAUUUGGCAA